AUGCCCACUGUCACGAGAGCGGAACUCAAAGAGGUGCUUGGGAUAGCAGAGGGGGAGUGCAUUGAUCAGUUCAGAAGCCGCUGUGAUGAAGCAGUGUCUCGAUAUCUCGACAUUACAAUCACAGGAUAUCAGCAACGAGAGCGGGUGGAGCGUGUUGUGGCGAAAAUUGGUGCGCAGAACCCAGAUCUGGUUGAUCUGAACCUACCUGCACACGAGCACAUACUAAAGAAACUUGUGCUUGAUCGCCAUGCAAAGCAGCGUGAAAAAAGAGGCCUGACUUGCUCGCGCUCUAAAGCACAUACUCGUCGGGGUGCCAACAGAAGCAAACGUCCCAAUGCAGUCACCAGCGCCCGAAGGUUAGACACCCGUCCAGCCCGCGACCAUCCAUGCAGUGAAGUUGAAGAAGCAUCACCUCCAACGCCGGCCGAAUCUCGAUCACAGUCGCCCGAAGUACCCACCUCUUCCAUGGUUACCCAAGAGGCCAGAUCAACCAGAUUGCCGCGCGCCUCUAGGCACCCAGGUUCACAGACAUCCCCUGCUACCUCGCACGAUUCCGUGCCCACACACAGGGAGUCCUCUUCAACAGAGAGAGAUCACAGCGUUCUUCAAUUUCUGGACACGGUUGUGCCGUCUCUACGCUGGCUCGCACAAUCGUUUAUUGCCUUCGGUUUUCAUGACGAGGAAACAAUAAUUGGAGUGGCCCAACAGCCUCGAGACACGGUCGUCAGGAUUAUCGAGGACUUCCAAAAGCGCUACAACGGAGACCCCGAAAACGAUACGAAGAUUACGCCUUUGCAAGCCGUCAUGCUCGUCGAAGCCUUCAAAUUCUAUAGGGAUAAGGGUCGAGGGUAG